AUGGACAUGGCGGCGGCUGUGCCUGCGCCACCGGCGGGCGCGCGCGGGGCCGGGGGGCGGGGGCCGGGCCAAUCUGCCUCCCCAUUGGCCGCCACCGCGCCUGGCCCGCCCCCCCGCGCUCAGCAAAGGCCCUGCGGGAGGAAACGCGGGGGGGAGGGGCCGGAAGAGGCGGGUGUGACGCUUGGGCUGAGGCGCGGGGCUCGGCGGUGUGUAGCGGGCCGCGGCCAUACGUAUUUGGAUGUCUCAAUGGAUACGUGGAACUUUUAUACUUGCCUGGUGUCCUUAUGGCUGCACAGAUUUUACAUCUAUUCUGUUGUUGGUUUUGGGAUCAGCAUUUGGAUCAUCAUUCAGUUCACCACCACCAAAACCAAAAAGAAGGGUGAAAAAUCCAAGGGGAAUUCUGCUGCUUCUGAAGGAACAGAAGGCAAACUAGUAAAUGGAUGUGCCGCUCUGCAGGCAAAGGAGGUCUAUGUUGCUGGGGUAAAGAUUUUCUAUGGGUCUCAGACUGGCACAGCAAAGAGAUUUGCCAAAGGUCUGGCUGAAGCAGUUAUUUCCCUUAAUUUGCCUGUGGAAGUCAUUAGCAUGGGAGAUUAUGAUCCAGAUGAUUGUUUAUCAGAAGAGACAACCAGCAGGAACAUUUGUGUGUUCUUGGUAGCUACGUACACAGAUGGACAGCCAACUGAGAGUGCAGUGUGGUUCUGCAAGUGGUUGGAAGAGGCUGUGAAUGACUUCCGCUUUGGGAAAACAUAUCUGAAAGGCCUGAGAUAUGCUGUGUUUGGCUUGGGAAACUCAGUGUAUGUUGAUCAUUACAACACAGUUGGAAGAAAUAUUGACAGGUGGCUGUGGAUGCUCAGUGCCAGCCGUAUCAUGACACGUGCUGAGGGGGACUGCAAUGUGGCCCAGAGCAAGCAUGGCAGCAUUGAGGCAGACUUUGAAGCCUGGAAAGCCAAGUUCCUCAGUCGGCUCCAGGCCCUCUGCAGAGGGGAAAAGAAGCCCUGCAGUGGGAAGUGCAAGAAAGGAAAGUGCAAAUCUCCGGGAAAGCAGAGCAAGGAGAACUCGGAUCAUGAACAUGGGUCAUCAGAAAAUGAGAAUACUGAGGCAGAGGAGUUGUUUGAAACCAGUAGUGAGGAGGAGGCUGAUGCUGAAGUAGCUGGAGGCACAAAUUUUGUUGUUGAUGUUGAAGAUCUCGGCAAUAUCGUGAGCCACAUGAAGAAAGCAAAGGGAGAACGUGAGCUCGAGGAAGGAGGUGUUGGAACGCGCUUGACUCAAGAGAACUCUGGGAAGAAGGAGGGUGGAAAGAGAGAGAUGAUAACCCCAGCUCUGAGAGAAGUGCUCACAAAACAAGGUUACAAACUAGUUGGAAGCCAUUCUGGGGUGAAGCUCUGCCGAUGGACAAAGUCGAUGCUUCGAGGCCGAGGAGGCUGCUACAAACACACAUUUUAUGGAAUUGAGAGCCACCGCUGCAUGGAGGCCACGCCGAGCCUGGCUUGUGCAAACAAAUGUGUCUUUUGCUGGAGACAUCAUACAAAUCCAGUGGGUACAGAGUGGCGAUGGAAAAUGGACCAGCCUGAAAUGAUCUUGCAGGAAGCUAUUGAGAACCAUCAGAACAUGAUCAAGCAGUUCAAAGGUGUGUCAGGAGUAAAAGCAGAUCGCUUUGAAGAAGCAAUGACAGCAAAGCACUGCGCGCUGUCACUGGUGGGAGAGCCCAUCAUGUACCCUGAGAUCAACCGGUUUGUGAAGCUCCUGCACCAGUACAGCAUCUCCACUUUCCUGGUUACAAAUGCACAGUUCCCAGAUGAGAUUAGGAACCUUGAGCCAGUAACACAGCUUUAUGUCAGUGUGGAUGCCAGCACCAAAGAGAGUCUGAAGAGAAUUGAUCGACCCCUCUUCAAGGAUUUCUGGCAGAGGUUUCUAGACAGUUUAAAGGCCUUGUCUGAAAAGCAACAGCGAACUGUUUAUAGGCUGACACUGGUGAAAGCUUGGAACGUGGAUGAACUCAAAGCCUAUGCUGACCUGAUAUCCCUUGGUAAACCAGACUUCAUUGAGGUCAAGGGCAUGACAUACUGCGGUGAAAGCUCAGCCAGCAGCCUCACCAUGGCCAACGUCCCCUGGCACGAGGAGGUGGUGCGCUUUGUCCAGGAGCUGGCAGACCUCAUCCCCGACUAUGAAAUUGCAUGCGAGCACGAACACUCAAACUGUCUUCUGAUAGCUCAUAAAAAGUUCAAGAUCAAUGGUGAGUGGUGCACCUGGAUCAAUUACGAGCGCUUCCAGGAGCUGGUGCGAGAGCACGAGAGGAGCGGUGGAUCCAAGACUUUCACAGCAGCUGAUUACGCAGCCAGAACUCCUCGCUGGGCACUGUUUGGGUCCAAAGAAAGGGGAUUUGAUCCCUUGGAUGUAAGAUACCAGCGGAAGAACAAAGCAAGAGACAUCUCUGGGUGCUGAGGUUAAGUUGGGGCUCACUGAACUCUGGGAUGGCUGGCUGCUGAGUUUUGAUCUCUGUUUCUAGGCUAACACCAAUUUUGACCUAUUCGCCUAGAUUUUUCUGACGUUUGAUAUUGAGAAGGAGGGUGAAGCCUGUAUUUAACCCCUCCCUCCUGUUUUUAGAGUUUUUUGGAUGAAAAUAUUUAUAAUACUAUCUCAAGAUAAAGCACAAAUGGUGCAUGCCAGCAAUUUAUCGUAACUGGCAGUGUGAUGAGGGGGGCAGUGGCUGUGGUCUCCAUAGUGAAGAGUGUUUGGAGUUGGGAAUGGAGGGGGAAUAUUCGUGUGAUUCUGUGCCCUGCUGCAAGGAGUCCCCAGCCUGUGGUGGCACCCAGCUCUCUGCAGCAAUACGUACCACAUCCAUACGGAUUUGUGCCAAGAGGAUUUCAGUGCUGUGAGGUGAUUGGACCUGUGAAGGUGGGACUGCAGACGGAUCUGGAUCUUAAAGCCUGAGCCCUGCUGGAAGUAUCACUGUACAGACAGUAACAAAGAUUUAUGUGUUUUAAACACUGGUGCCAGUUCCUAUAAAAACCCCAUUCCAUCCCCAAGAAGGUAAAGCUUGGGAAAUGGUAUAAGUAACAGCCCCUGUAAAUAUCAUCUGCAACUUAUGAUCUCCCUCCAAAUAUCUUCCAGUUUCAUGGGUUUGGCAAAGAAUAUUUUCUGAGUAGUUUUAUCCCACUCCCCCAGCAGCCCUAAACACCACAUAUAAUUCUUCAAAGGCCUGUUAGGCUCCCGCUGUGUGUGUCCAGUGUUCUGCUCACGGCGAGGACAUGCUGUGGGGAGCUAGCAGCCCUGGGCAUCAGCAGAUGGCUUCCUUCACCCAGGCAGGUCAGCAGCGUUGCUCCUGGUUUGGGUAGAGGCGGUAGUCUGAUGUAAACAAAACCUGAAUCCAGUUGAGAUCUCUUGUGUCAAGAAACCAACUCUUUUAGUUUGGAGAGGUGGCAUCUAGGCACAAGGUCCAGUGACGUGUCCCUGGGUGUUGCUUUUGGAGACCCUGGGCUGUGCCUGGCACUGUUCGGAGGCACUGCAGGCUGGCUGGAAAAUUGCAUUUAAAUGAGAGCAGAGCAGGUGGUUUUCUGUUGGGAAAAUCCCCGCUUUCAUGUGUUGAUAACCUUUCCCUUUCUGUUUAUGCAACAUCUGUGUCUGCUGCAGUCCCCAGCCAGCAGCGUGCAGACGCCUGGAGCAGACCCCCGAUGGCCGGCAGUGCCUUCAGUUGCCAAAUGGCUGAACUUGGCUACAACACUACUGCUUCCCAGCUGGUUCCUGUGCCUCUGCCGCUGGCUUCCCUGAGGCCCGGGGUGCGGUGGCUGCUCUCCUCCCUCGCUGUGCCCAGCCAGCCUUUUGGGGUGAAUGGGCCGCCGUGUGGGAGGGCAGUGGGCAAUGAGGCUCCUCCGUUUCCUCAGGCUGCUGCGUGGUGGCUUGACCUGCUUCAGCUAAAGCCCUUCGGCAGAGGUGGCUGGCUGAACCAGCUGCAGAAAUAGCUUUAAUUUAGACCCCGAAGUGUCAGCUGGUGGGGAGAAGAAAGUGCAACCACACUGGAGCAUUUUUGUUUUCCUGUUGAGCUCCAGAGCAUAGAUCGGAGGUGUUCGCAACACUCCCACCUUAAUGGUGAGGUCCCUAAGCCUGCAACUCCCAGCACCCAUGGUGCUGUAGAUGGUGAGCGUUCCUGAGGUUGUGAUUUCAUUUAUUUUUAAAAGAACUUCAUUUCUUAAAACUGUUAAAAGUGUUUCUAAAGAAGAAAGUAAAUAAAGCAAUUUUCCCUAGA